AUGUCUGGCUGCUGGCAGCGCCGCCGGGUUUAUCCUGGUAGGGAGGCUUUCCUCUCAGGCCCAGAGUAUGAGCUGAACGGCUUCUUCUUCCUGAGGAAAAACUACAGCCUGCUGAGGAAAAAAAUCUCUUUCCCUGCUUCCUUGAGUCACUCUGGAUCAAAGUACUCGAAACAGAAAAAGCAUUCUGAGCGGCAGGCGCAGCAGAGUGACGUCAGCAGCCGCUCUUCCUCAGGAUUUGGAGAUUCCACUGGAGAUCCCAGUGAAGCUGGACUGACCGCUGACGCCCUCUACCUGUAUCACUGGGCAAAGGCGCAAAGCAAAGGGAGCCCGGUCUAUCUGUGGGGCCACUCUCUGGGCUCUGGAGUGGCAACCAACACUGCAGUGAAAAUACAAGAACAAGGGUCUGCUGUGGAUGCUGUAAUCCUGGAAGCUCCAUACACGAGGAUUGGGGAUGUUAUUGCAGAUAAUCUGCUUGUUAAGAUGUACACGUUGCUGCCAGGAGUUGAGAGCUUGCUCUGGAACUUAUUGGAAAAGAUAAACAUAUCGUUUGCCAAUGAUGAAAAUUUAAAGACCCUGAGCAGUCCACUUCUGAUCCUGCAUGCAGAGGACGAUAACAUCGUUCCCUACCGUAUGGGUCAGAAGCUGUACCAGAUAGCGCUGCAAGCCCGGAAGGAAUCCAACUCAGACGCUCGAGUUCAGAUGAUCACCUACAGAGGAAACCUUGGACUGUCCCACAGCCACAUAUGCUUGGACCCCGAUUUGUCAGAUGUGGUGCAGACAUUUCUACAAACUUGAUGAAAGGACCAUCCUUCCUGCAAAGUCAUAAAAAUGCAAGACAACCAAAAACAAAUAAAAACUUGCAUCACUUUGCUUUUGAAGUUUUAUUUCAGCAAGUAGAGAACAAGAUUCAUUAGUCUUUUGUCUUUCUAAACACUAGUUUUUCCUCUUAUAAACAGUUUUUCUAAGUACAGAUCACCUCAGGUCUUCCUUCCUUAUAACCAUUCAACUUCCUGAAUCCUAAAACCCUCCUGAUCCUUAGGAAUGUCAGAAAUGAGUGAGUUUUCAGAGCUUUUCCACCCUUCAGAGACUGAAUGUGUUGGCGCUAAAGAAAUGUAACAGUGCUUUGACUAAGAUGCAAAGGGGAAAAAGAUAAAAAGCACCUUAGAUUCCCCUGAAAAA